AUGGCUACUGCGAGUCAAAAUUUAGAAGUUGAAGUAAUAAUGAAGAGAAGAGUUCGAUAUUUACAUGUAAAUGGUUUUUUAUAUACAAAACAUUCAAGUGGCGUUGAAGGAAAAAUUUAUUUGCGAUGUAGAAGUAAGGGUCAGUGCGGGGCAAGAGCAACUACAAUUACUACCGGACAUACAUUGAAUCUUGUUUCUGGAGGAGAAAUGUUACAGGAAAUGUACAACAAUCCAAACGACGAUAGUAUUCGAGAAGCGUCACGAAGCAUGUGCGCUUUGGCGUUUGUACGACCGGAAGAUGUGCCUGCAGUUUUUGACUUGUUUUUGGAUGAAGUACCGGAGGAUUUUGUACCUAUAGCGGAAUACUUUGAGGUGUGGUAUAUUCGUGGAAAACCUGCUAGAGGCAGAAGGAAAGCCGUUUCCGUUCGAUAUGCCCCUAUAUUAUGGAAUCAUUAUCAAGCUGUCAAUCAAAGAAUUGCAAGAACUAAUAACGCGUCAGAGGGCUGGCAUAACAGAUUUCAAGUUGUUCUUGGUCGAUAUCAUCCUAGUCUCUAUGCUUUUCUAAAUGAAUUACAACAAGAACAGGGCGACACAGAAUGCAUGAUUAAUCAGCUCAAUCUGGGUCAAAAAAUACGAACACUACCUACAACGCACUUUCAAAAGAUGGAGGUAAAAGUUAUUAGUAUUGUAUCACAGUAUCAAAAUUACGUUGAUGAAAAUCGAGAAAUAGAUUACAUUAAAGCGCUUGGACACCAUUUGCAUUUUUAA